AUGAAUAAAUUGGAACUAGAAAAUGCUAAAUUGCAAUUAGAAAAAGCUCGUAAAAAUCGCUAUAAUGCUUUAGUAAACGAUUAUCGAAAUGGAAAAAGAUUCAAAAGAGAUUUAGUAGAAGAAAUUGCUUUUGAUUUAGCCAAAAAAGAUAGUAAAAGAGCGAAUGAGGCAAAUAUUCGCAAACAAGCCUUGCUUAUCUUUGAUGAAGUAAUCAAAACUGAGAUAAAACUGCCAGAUGGUGAAACUAACACUGUUUAUAUGGAGGGAAUGCAAGAAGAUGAGAUUCUAAAAGAUGAAAAUUUAAAAACCUUUCAAGAUUAUCAAAGGUUGGCAGAAGAUAUUGUUUAUUAUGGAACUUGUGUUUGCAAGAAAUCUCUCUUAUUGCUAGAAAAGGAUGAACCACAUAUCAACUGCGAAAGAUGCAAAGAUUGUAAAGAUGAGUUUGGAGCAUAUUGUGGAAACAAGAAUUGUGCUUACAGUUAUGGUGGUUUUAUUUGUCAAACUUGCAUCGCAACUCAAGAUAGAGAAAUAGUUGAUAAUCCCCCAACUUGUGGAGUCAACAAUAUUGUUUAUCACUCUGGAAAAGAUUUAGAUCGGAAAAAGAUGAUUUGGUGUACUCUUUGUCAAGAAAUGUAUGGAAAAUGCUGUGGAUGUCAAAAAGAAUAUUUCCCUCAUACUUAUCCCUCUGAAUUGAAAAGGUGCGAAAAUUGUCGUGGUGAAUUUUGUCCUAGUUGUUGA